AUGGUCCCUUCAGAAAAGGAAAUGGAGCUGUCCGAAACGGCCGAUUUUGUCUACCCAUCGGGAUUCAGACUCGCGCUGUUAAUGAUCUCCAUUUUUAUUUCUAUGUUUUUAGUUGCCUUGGACAAACUUAUCAUCUCAACUGCCACGCCAGCGAUCACCAACGAGUUUCACGCAGCAAACGAUAUAGGAUGGUAUGGAACAGCAUACCUACUUACCAACUGCGCCUUUUUAUUGGUAUUUGGGAAAUUAUAUACCAUCCUAAGCGUGAAAGCCACUUUCAUGACAGCCGUUGUGCUCUUUGAGAUAGGCUCUGCUGUCUGUGGAGCAGCACCAAACUCAGUCGCCUUCAUUAUUGGAAGGGCCAUUGCUGGGCUGGGAGCCGGUGGGGUUCAAUCAGGCGUCCUUGUUGUGAUAGUCUACGCCGUUCCGUUGCAGAAACGACCUCAGUACCAGGGUAUGCUUGGUGCGAUAUAUGGAGUUGCGUCAGUAAUCGGACCUCUGAUUGGCGGCGCCUUCACUACAAAUAUCACCUGGAGAUGGUGUUUUUACAUCAAUCUCCCUCUAGGAGGCGUGGUCUUAGUAUUUGUCUUCUUUUUACUACGCAUACCAACACCCUCAAGCCAAAGUACUAUCAAAUAUAAGCUACAACAGCUCAACUUUGAAGGCUUAUUUGCCCUUCUGCCAGGAGUAAUAUGUCUAUGUCUGGCUUUGCAAUGGGGUGGUUUUACAUACAGUUGGAGUGACGGCCGUAUUGUCGCGUUACUUGUUCUAGCUUUUGUGCUGUUGAUCGCAUUUGUCUUGAUUCAGGUCUGGAAGCCUAAACAAGCUACAGUACCUCCGCGUAUUUUCAUUCAGCGCAGUGUUGCCAGUGGCUUUUGGGCUAGCUGUUGUGUCGGAGCCCAUCAAACACUGUUGAUAUACUUCCUUCCAAUCUGGUUCCAGGUCAUUAAAGGUGACUCGGCUGUGGAAAGCGGCAUCCAUCUCUUGCCAAUGGUGGUUGCGCUCGUAGUUUCAUCGAUUGUAUCCGGAGUCCUUACAUCUCGCAUUGGCUAUUACACGCCAUUCUUGAUUUUUGGAAUUUGUAUCGCAGCUGUCGGAGCGGGUGUACUGACUACCCUCCAGGUCAAUACAUCAGUGGGAAAAUGGAUAGGUUACCAGAUUGUCUAUGGCUUUGGCCUCGGUUCUUGCUUCCAGGCACCUAGUAUGGCUGCACAGACCGUCCUCCCUCGCAACGAAGUGUCUGUCGGAGCCUCGCUCAUGCUUUUUGCUCAAACACUCUUUGGUGCAAUCUUCGUCUCGGUUGGACAGAACGUUGUUGACGGACAGCUUUCUAAGCGACUCGCACGCAUAUUGAGUAUCACCCCUCAGCAAAUUGCGAGUGCUGGGGCCAGUGGACUUUUCAAAGAAAUACCACCUCAGUAUUAUGAUGCGGCAAAGGUGGCAUACAAUGAUUCGCUCGGUCGUCUUCUCAUGGAGUCAGAAACAAUACUCGUUCUAGGCGCAACAGGCGCCUCCGGUCUUGCGUUUGUUGAAGAGGCGCUUGCACUACCCAAUCCACCCAACUUGGUGUUAUAUGUUCGAACUCCCUCAAAGAUUUCGGAACGAGUUUCAAGCCAUCCAAAAGUAUCCAUUGUUACUGGAUCUCUUUCAGACUACAGCACGCUUGAUUCUACUCUAAAGUCUCAUCAUGUCACGACUGUUGUGUCUUUUCUUGGCGCAUAUGUGUCUAUCCCCGCCAUGAUAACACGUGCUACGGACACGCCCAUUGCCAAUAGUUUUCCAGAAAUUAUAAAAGCCAUGAAAAAUAAUGGUGUUCGCCGCUUACUGGCCUUGUCAACUCCUUCAUACUGGGUAGAUGGGAAAGAUGUCGGAACCUGGAAACUCUCUCUUUACUCCAUACUUCCGAAAGUUGUGGUUCCCCAGGGGAAUGCCGAGAUGGUUAAAAUUGCAGAAACGGUGAAUGAGUUGGGCGAGGAUCUAGAUUGGACAAUUUUUCGGAUUCCGCACCUAACAGAUGGUCCUGGAGAUAUCCCUGUUUGGGCCGCGUAUGCUGGGCCAGACCAUAAAGGUAGUCUCGACCUUUCCCGGAGAAGCAUGGGACGCUGGCUUAUGGGAGAGAUAGUAGAGGGGAGGUGGAUUAACGAGGCGCCAUUUCUGGGAAAUUACUAA